AUGCAAAAUGUGUUAGCUUUCGUAAGAAAUUACAACGAGCAGAGAGAUAAAGAUCACCUUCCCGUGUGGCGAGAUCGUUUAGAGGAAACUUUUGAAAAAUUCCAAAGCAACCGUUUGCAAAUGGAUCUUCUUGAGGAAGAUGCACAAUACCAUGAUGCUACAUCGGUGCAAGGAGUUGACGAAACCGACGGCGAUGGCGAUAUUUUACUCAAAGCUGAAGCUAGUCGCAAGGCGCGUGAUGAAUUUGAGUUAAAUUAUGUCAUGGCGAAAAGUUUUCUUGUAGCAGCGGAACGUAAAGCCAAUCCUACCCCGCCAACCCAGCAACUUGUUAAUCCCUCUACGUCUACGAUCGUUCGCAAUGCUGAGCCAGCCAUUUCUAAAAUAAAGCUUCCUGAAGUUAAACUUCCCACUUUUGAUGGUUCUCUCACUGAGUGGCUUACUUUCCGGGAUACCUUUAAAAGUUUGAUAGAUUCUAACCCUCAACUGUCGGAUAUCGAUAAAUUCUCCUAUCUCGUGGCGUCAUUGUCCAAGGAUGCGAAACGUGUGGUUGAAGCUAUAGAAAUUACAGCAGCUAAUUAUUCUGUAGCCUGGGAAUUAUUGAGCAAACAUUUUGACAAUAAGAAGAUGGUGGUGAAAGCUUAUCUAGAUUCUCUGUUCGCUGUGGAACCCAUGAAGCGAGAAUGCUAUGAGUCGUUAGCCCGGUUGAUAGACGACUAUGAACGUAACCUUCGAAUGGUCGAAAAAAUGGAGAUCGAUACCAAGGGUUGGAGUGUUUUAUUGGCUCACAUGGUUAUUGCGCGGCUCGAUUCAUCGACACUGAAGCAGUGGGAAAAUUACAAUUUAUCGACAAACGCUCCUGAAUAUGAUAAUUUAAUUUCAUUUUUACGCCGUCAUACCACUGUUCUACAGUCUAUCGCACCUGGAAAGACGCGAGCUAACGAUCUCCCACGGUCAGAACCAAAUCGGUCGCAAAAACCCCGAUACGGUAACGUGCAUACCGUUAUGAAUGCGUCCACGAAAUCUUGUCCAUUUUGCAAACAACCUAUACAUUCGCCUUUCAAAUGUGAAGCUUUUAGGAACCUGCCGGUUCCUCAACGAUUCGAAUUAGUGAAACAAAAAUCGUUACGCAUAAACUGUCUUUCGCCAGACCACCAAAUCAAAAAUUGUUCCUCUAGCGCGUGUCGCGUUUGUAGCCAGAAACAUCACACAAUGCUACAUCAACAAACUAGCAAUCGUAACUCAAAUAAUGUCCAAAUUCCAGAACCACAUACCAAUUCGCUCAAUUCCGGUAGUUUUCAAACGCAAUUACAAAUCGCCAAACACACUCCAAGCAGUCCGGCUACAACUUCCUCGCAAGCAAAUCCUACAAACAAUCAGACUUCGUCCACUUCACUCAGCCACUGCUCCACGUCCGCCAAUUUUCGCAAAAUUCCGUCAACGGUCCUUCUUCAGACAGCUAUAGUGAAGGUGUUCGAUAGUACUGGUUACUGUUUAUGGGCGAGAGCGUUAUUAGAUCCCGCAUCACAACUUAAUAUCAUUUCGGAAUGCUUCGUGCAACGGUUAACCCUGCAGAAAGUAAAGGAUUAUCCUGUCAUCGGAGGUAUAGGAAAGACUGAAGUUGUCUCCACACACUCUCUCGUAACCUGCAUUCAGUCUCAUUGCACGGAUUUCAAUGCUGACAUCAAGUUCCAUGUGCUCAGUGAAAUUACCCGUGAGUUGCCGUCUAACUAUGUAGAUGUAUCUCAAUGGAAUUGGCCGAAAGAUGUUGUCUUAGCAGAUCCUAAGUUCAACGGUCCAGCUUAUAUGGUAACAGGAAUGGAAAUUUAUUACGAUCUUCUUCUUGAUGGAUUUAUUCGUCUGGGUCCUGGAAAACCGGUUCUGCAAAAUACAGUGUUCGGUUGGGUCGUUUCUGGAAAGGUAGGAUUUUCUCAGACCGACCAAGAGAAAUUCAGUCUUGUCCAUGUUUGCAACCUAGAAUCGAUUGAAAAGCAGCUUGCCAAGUUCUGGGAACUAGAAUCGUGCCAAUCCUCCAGUGUCAUGUCGGUCGAAGAGACAACUUGUGAAGCACAUUUUGCGGAUACUACGACCAGGGAUGAAUCAGAUCGCUUUGUUGUGGUCCUGCCAAAGAAGCCGUCUGUUCUUCCACUAUUGGGAAAAUCAUAUGAAAUUGCCAAACGUCGCUUUCUUUCACUGGAGCGUCGUCUCUUAGCCAAUCCACCUUUACGGUCAGCAUAUUCAGAGUUCAUUGACGAAUAUCAGAAGUUGAAUCACAUGAAGCCAGUGGGAGAAGAGAUGCCAUCUGAAUCUAGUUUAACUUACUAUUUGCCACACCACUGCGUGGUUCGCCCAGACAGUAUCACUACUAAACUUCGCGUCGUAUUUGAUGCAUCUUGUGCCACGGACACUGGCAUCUCACUGAACGACGUACUAAUGGUUGGUCCAGUGAUACAAGAUGACCUCAUCUCAAUUAUCUUAUGA